AUGGAGCGAGUUACAGACGCUCCCAAGGAGGCAGAUGAUUCAAUCUCUCCUCGUGCCUUCGAUACAAUGUCAGAUGCUGCUAAGGUGGAUAAAUCCGGCAACCAAAUAGUCGAACAGUCGACCUCGGCCGACGAUGUAGAAAAUCAAUCCGAUACACAAAGCCUUCAGGCAGGUGUGCAGAGAGCAGAGAUCUUGCGAAAAGGAUGGACGAAGAAGGGUUUAUAUACGGCCUUUGUCGGUCUGUUCAUCGCGACACUCGCAAUCAACUUUGGCGAUUAUUCCACCCAGGUCUAUGUCCCGUACACCACUAGCGCCUUUAAGCAACACUCUGCAAUGAGCGCGGCUCGCGUAGUCAUGAACAUCACCCGCAUCGCUUCCUACCCUAUCAUUGCGAAGCUUGGAGAUGUCUUCGGCAGAGCUGAGAUGUUUAUCCUCGCCAUCGCAGCCUCUACUCUUGGCUACGUGAUUUACGCCGCCUGCGAAGAUAUCGCGCAAUAUAUGGUUGCUGGUAUCUUUGAAGCUAUCGGAUCGACAGGCUACGCGCUUACGCAGCAAGUUUUCGUUGCGGAUGUUACCAACCUAAUCAAUCGUGGUAUCUGGUCUACACUUCCUGAUUCCCUCACCACCGUCCCGACCUUAUAUUUGGGCACGAUUGUCGCACAACGCAUGCUGGACCACUCGACUUGGCGAUGGGGCUGGGGCAUGUGGGCCAUCAUAACGCCAGUCUGCGCGGUGCCUUUGAUUGGAACAAUGCUAGUCUAUCAGCGGCGCGCACCAAUCAAGGUUCCCAUUGCCAAAGCGAUGGGCUGGAAGGAGACCGACACUUGGUAUCAGCGUGCAUAUCGUUUACUUUGGGUGGAGCUAGACCUACCGGGUGGUGUCUUGCUGUUGCUCGGAUUGUCCCUAUUGUUGGUCCCCAUCGCCUUGACAGGUGCCAACAACAGCAACGCGUGGCAUAAAGGUAACUUCAUCGCUAUGGUAGUCCUCGGAGUCAUAUUUCUUAUCUCAUUUGUCAUCUGGGACGCCCGGUUUGCGAAGAAGCCGUUCGUGCCUUAUCGCAUGAUUAAACAGCGGACCGUGGCAGCAGCAUGUCUCCUCGGCGCUCUCGACUUCUUCCACUACUCAGUCUUCUCAGUCUUCUUCACUAGUUACCUCCAAGUCGCGGGACACUUCAACGCAGGCAACGCCACAAGAAUCGACAACUCCCUUCGUGUCGCCUUCCAAGUCUCCGGCAUCUUCGCCGCCUUCUUCAUGAAAUACACCAAACGCUCCCAAAUCUGGGUUCUAAUCGGUGUCCCCCUCUGCAUCCUGGGCAUGGGCAUCCUCCUCUAUCUAGUAGACAUGGGCGACGGCAAAACGGGCAACGAAGCAGCCUUUGUCACCGCCAAAUCCUUAAUUGGUAUCGGCCGCGGCUUCUACCAAACCGCAGCACAGGUCUCAGUUCAGGCCGUCGUCUCCAGACAGGAAGUAUCAGUCGUGACGGCCGUUUUCUUCGCAUCGAUGAGCAUCGGCGGUGCCAUUGGAACUAGUGUUGCGGGUGCUAUUUGGCGGAGUAAUCUGCCACGCAAGUUGAGCGAGUAUCUGCCUGAUGAGGCGAAGAGUCAGGCUAAGUCGAUCUUUGGGUCGAUUGUUGUGGCGAAGAAGUAUCCCGUGGGUGAACCUGUUAGGAAUGCCAUUGAUCGGAGUUAUCGCGAGUCGCAGCGGUUGUUGGCUAUUGCUGCUAUUUCGGCGCUUGCGCCGAUGGUGAUUAUUAUGUUCUUUUUGAAGAAUGUGCAUUUGGAUGAGAGGCAGACUGCGAAGGAGGAGGUAGAUAGAGAGAUGGUGGAGCAGAAGAAGGGUGAUGCGGAAUAA